UCUCAUUAGAUCUUAUGCAUGUUCUUGUAGGAUCAUCCAGGAGUUGCUUCAGCAAGAACUAAAGAAACUGCAUUAAUGGAGAUGUCAUCUUUCAGAUGGGUAUCCGAGCUGGGAAUGGAUGAUCCAGCCUUCAUUCAUCAAUGCCAGAUGAACUCUUUUGAUGAUCAGUUCACCUCUCAACACAUAGGAGGAGCUGCAUUUGGAGAUGACUUCCACAGUUCUUUCUCUUCCGAGAGUCACUCCUCAUACCCAACCAUGAACCAAAAUAGCAACAAAACCACCUUCAGUGGAUCAUCCAUGGAGGCAUCUCAGACAGGCAUGGGGAGAGGAGAUAGACCCUCGAAACUGCUCAAGACUAGCAGCUGGAACUCUUGCACCACGACCACCGACCCGGAAGCUUCUUCUCCUCCUCCUAACAUUCUCUCUUUUGGUGGUUCGGCUUCACUGACAGAUCAAUCUCAACAGUUGUAUGGGAAUCUAAUUGGAACUGUGAAGCCCAAGGAGGAAGCUAUGAUCUUCUCUUCCUCUGAUGUCUUGAUUUCUCAAGGUUCUUAUAUGAGCCAAAAUCAUGGAUCCAAAGCUAACCAAGGGGUUAAGAGGCCACUUCCUACUAGUUGCAGACCAACUUCUCAUACACAAGAGCACGUUCUAGCAGAGAGGAAGAGAAGAGAGAAGCUCAGCCAGCGUUUCAUAGCACUCUCAGCCAUUGUUCCAGGCCUCAAGAAGAUGGACAAGGCUUCUGUUUUAGGUGAUUCCAUCAAGUACUUGAAACAACUGCAAGAGAGAGUUAAGGUACUAGAGGAACAGGCCAAGAAGAAGACCAUGGAAUCAGUGGUGGUAGUCAAGAGAUCUCAGAUUUCAGCAGACUACGACAACUCUUCCUCCGGUGAGAACUUCGACUCUGACGGCCCUCUACCGGAAAUUGAGGCUAGGGUUUCAGACAAGAAUGUCUUAAUAAGAAUUCACAGUGAGAAUAGGAAGGGAGUGAUGGUGAAAACCCUAGCAGAGAUAGAGAAGCUCCACCUCUGUGUAGUCAAUAGUAGCACCACUGCUUUUGGGGAUACAGCACUUGAUAUCACCAUAGUCGCUAAGAUGGAAGAAGAAUUCUCCAUGAAAGUGAAGGAUCUUGUGAGGCAUCUACGUUCAGCAUUUCGGCAGUUCAUGUUAUAACAAUAAGAAGAAAGAGAGAAGUUCAGUUUGUUUAGUUGUUUGUGCAUAGAAGAUGAAGAGAUUUAUGCUUUCUUUUUCCUUUUUAUCUUUUGACUUGAGCGAAUUCAGUGAGUACGUUCAGUUGUUUGUGCAUAGAAGAUGAAGAGUAAUUUAUCUUUUUUGGGCUUCUCCUUGGUGCAUGGAAGCUUUAGAAGAACGGGGAACUAGUGAUCGGAUCCUCUCCUCGACCAUGACCUCAUACAAUAAUCUCACACUAUUCAUUGUUUGCCACACCUAGAGGUGGCCCCUACACCCCUUAGAUGGUGUGAGAUUGCUGCAAGAGUUAUGGUCCAGGAGAGGAUCGUGUGGUGGAUGGAAUUGAUAAACUUUUUCGA